AGUCAAGAUGGCCGUCCGAGGCACCAUCCCACGGCGCCUUCUCCUGCCUUUGCUGGUGUUUUGGGGCGGAAGUGCUGUGGACAGUCAGACGGUAAGCAUUGUGAAUGUGACAAGGGAACACUUCGAGCUGAUUUGGGAACGACAAGGCGAGUGGCUUGAUAUUGGUGAUUACACAGUCAACACGGUGUUCUCAGACGGCACCCAGCACCCUUGCAAUAAUGAGCCUUUCUCCUGCACGACCCCUGUCUGCAUGUACCAGAGUCUGUCUUGUGGCUUACUCAACCCCUGCAGCAGCAUCAACGUCUCCGUCAGCGGCGGGAACUACACAGCGCGUGAUCUGUUCCUCACUACAGAUAUGGUUGAGGAUUUCACAGCAGAGGCGGUGAGCUGGUCUGCCAUCGCAACUACCUGGUUACCCCCGCAGUGUAACUCCGACCCCAUCGUCGAGUACACAGUGUCGCUAUUGGGUAUCUCCUUCAACCGCUACUGGGUAACGGAUCAAGUGUACACUACCAACUACACUUGGAACAAGUUGCGCAACAAUAAUAGAUAUACUGUAUGUGUGAAGCCAGUACGGGGAAAUGAAUCAUGCCUGUCUCUUAACACUUUACUGGAGAGACCAAAUACUCUGAGGGUUGAAGAUAGCCCUAGAGGUGAGCUCCUUGUUACCUGGACCUACGACAACUGCCCAUAUGAGGGAUGCUACUCAGUUAUCUACAACGUGUCUUGGGGCACUGCUCUCGAAAACUUCGUAGUCACCACCUUGAAGAAGUACACCAUCAAGGGAUACAACGCGGAGGAUCCGAGGGUGUGCGUGACGGCCAUCAACACAGAUACAUAUGCCGUCAGCACCAACACCUGUCUGGGCGAUCCUGACGUUGAGCCGAUCAUCCCAACCAUGGAACCUACACCUUCAAGUCCAGCAAACCCGGGCCUGAUACUUGGGCUGUCGUGUGCAGCGAUUAUACUUGGAGCCGGAGUGGUGGUCAGUGUCGUCGUCCGGAUCAGGAACAGAAAUAGACUGCCCAUUAUCAGAACUACCAGUCGACCCACUGAGAGUAAGCAAAAAGAAUUCAUCAGGACAAAACCAGCGGAAAAUUCACCUGAAACUGGCUUCCCAGUCCAUGAGAUCGCAUCUUGUCCUUACAGCGGCAUUCCGACGACAGGGAAUCUACAUCAACGAGUGCUUGACUAGAAAAAGACAGCAACUCCUCUACCGCCUGCGUCAAUCCGUCAUCAAACCCCAGAUGCGAUUCAUCAGUGCUUCGUUAGAGAUGGCAUGAUUAAAGU